UGGGUAGAACAAAACAAAAACAAACAGAGCGAGCGGGGCCAGAGGCGCUCCGAGGCGGCGGCGGAGGCUGAGGAGCGGGGUCGGGGCCAGGUGGACCGGAGACCCGGGCGAGCGGCGGCGGCCGGAGGAGAUUUUAAAGGAAGACUUCCAUUUCAUAAUUUGUGUAUAAUCAGUGCAAGCGAAAUUAAGGAAAAAUGGAUGUAGAAAAUGAUCAGAUUCUGAAUGUAAACCCCACUGAUCCUGAUAACUUAAGCGACUCUCUCUUUUCUGGUGAUGAAGAAAAUGCUGGCACUGAGGAAAUAAAGAAUGAAAUCAAUGGAAAUUGGAUUUCCGCAUCCUCCAUUAAUGAAGCUAGAAUUAAUGCUAAGGCAAAAAGACGACUACGGAAAAACUCGUCCCGGGACUCUGGCAGAGGCGAUUCCGUCAGUGAUAAUGGAAGUGAAGUCAUCAGAAGUGGAGUGCCUGUGCCCACCAGUCCAAAAGGAAGGUUGUUAGAUAGACGGUCCCGAUCUGGGAAAGGAAGGGGGCUGCCAAAGAAAGGUGGUGCAGGAGGCAAGGGUGUCUGGGGUACACCUGGACAGGUGUAUGAUGUGGAGGAGGUGGAUGUGAAAGACCCGAACUAUGAUGAUGACCAGGAGAACUGUGUUUAUGAAACUGUGGUUUUGCCUCUGGAUGAGACAGCAUUUGAGAAGACUUUAACACCAAUUAUACAAGAGUACUUUGAGCAUGGAGAUACCAAUGAAGUUGCGGAAAUGUUAAGAGAUUUAAACCUUGGUGAAAUGAAAAGUGGAGUGCCUGUGUUGGCAGUGUCCUUAGCAUUGGAGGGGAAGGCCAGUCAUCGAGAAAUGACAUCCAAGCUGCUUUCUGACCUUUGUGGGACAGUAAUGAGCACAAAUGAUGUGGAGAAGUCAUUUGAUAAGUUGUUGAAGGACCUACCUGAAUUGGCGUUGGAUACUCCUAGAGCACCGCAGUUGGUGGGCCAGUUCAUUGCCAGAGCUGUUGGAGAUGGAAUUUUAUGUAAUACCUAUAUCGAUAGUUACAAAGGAACUGUAGAUUGUGUACAGGCUAGAGCUGCUUUGGAUAAAGCUACUGUGCUUCUGAGUAUGUCUAAAGGUGGAAAGCGCAAAGAUAGUGUGUGGGGAUCUGGAGGCGGGCAGCAGUCUGUCAAUCACCUUGUUAAAGAGAUUGAUAUGCUGCUUAAAGAGUAUUUACUCUCUGGAGAUAUCUCUGAAGCUGAACACUGCCUUAAGGAGCUGGAAGUACCUCAUUUUCACCACGAGCUUGUGUAUGAAGCCAUUGUAAUUGUUUUAGAAUCAACUGGAGAAAAUGCAUUCAAGAUGAUCUUAGAUUUAUUAAAAUCCUUGUGGAAGUCUUCUACCAUUACCAUAGACCAAAUGAAAAGAGGUUAUGAGAGAAUUUACAAUGAAAUUCCAGAUAUUAAUCUGGAUGUCCCACACUCAUAUUCUGUGCUGGAGAGAUUUGUAGAGGAGUGUUUUCAGGCUGGAAUCAUUUCCAAACAAGUCCGAGAUCUUUGUCCAUCAAGGGGAAGAAAGCGUUUUGUAAGUGAAGGAGAUGGAGGCCGUCUUAAACCAGAGAGCUACUGAACACAAGAACUCUUACAAUCUUAGGUGUGAUAACGGCAGAUCUGAACUGUAAGAGUUGUUAGUGCAGUUUUUUUUUGGGGGGGGGGUUGGGUAACAAGGCAUUUCUGAAAUUUUAUAAACAUACAUUUAAUGGGGAUUUUUGAAGGAAGUACUUUCUUUUUCUUUUUUUUUUCCUUUGAGGGGAAAUUAAAGGAGGGACAGCAGAGUAACCACUUAAGUGUGGACCAUUCUGAUAAGCUACUUUUUCUAAGUGCCAUGUAUAUGACCUAAUCAUUCCAAGUUUUGCAUUGAUGUCUGACUGCCACUCCUUUCUUUCAAGGACAGUGUUUUUUUUGUAGUAAAAUCACUGGUUUAUACAAAGCUUUAGUUAGGGGUGAAGUGACGCUACGAAGCCCCAUGUUGGCUGCUGCUGUGGAAAUGCUGUGCUUUGGGAGUAAAACACCACACACACACACACACACACACACACACACACACACACACACACCCCACACACACAUUUUUGUCUUAAAGAAUUUUUAAAAGACGAGUUAGUCAUGAGACUUUUUCAUCUUUCCAGGGAACAUAUUGAUUGGUCUUAAAUACUAGACAGUUAAGUAAAUGGUGGCUGGAACAUCUAUUUUUCUACAAAACUGGAAAAAUGAACCCGGUUCUACAAGAAUGUACAACAAAAUAAACCGUGAAGCAGUGUUGA